AUGCCUAGAAAACGUGUAGCAUUUCAAAAAGCGGACGGGAACGACCGGAGUUUUACAAUUGCGUCGCUGGAAUUUUGUUUAUCUCAGCUGCGCAAAGCAGAUCCGAACUUGGUAAAGAAAGCAAUUGCAUCGGGAGAUGGACUUACUGAAUCUAAAGACGAUGUGAGCACACGACUGUCCGAGGCGCAUCGUUAUGCCGUCCAGCAAUGUCUCGACAACUCGGAGUCACUAGCUCAGCUACAUCAUCAGCUCGUUCUUUGUGACAACGUCUUCGAGCGCCUUCAAGCAACAUUAUACAGUUUUCAAGACAGUCUCGGUUCAAUUGGACAGGAUAUGAAGAACUUGCAACUCCAAUCUCAUCACAUUCAUCAGGAGCUUGAAAAUCGCCAAAAAGUCCGUGUGGAGUUGAGUCAGUUUGUUGAUGACAUUGCAGUGUCGCAAAAAAUGAUGAAGGCAAUCAACGAUACAGAUGCGAAUGAUCGAGGAUUCUUGGAAGCGCUUCACGAGUUGCACCACAAGAUCACACUGAUUGUACAGAGAGGAAAUGGAGAUGCCGUCGCUAUCAAUGAUACUAUGCCGAUUUUGGAGGGAUUAAAGUUGAAGGCUAUCAUCAAAGUGCGGGAAUGGCUGCUCCAGAAAAUGUUUCAAUUCCGCAAGCCACUCUCCAACUAUCAAGUAUUUCAAAAUCAGCUUCUGAAGUGUCACUUCUUUUACGAAUUCCUUCUUCAUCAUGACUUGAUAUCCGCUAAAGAAAUUCAAGACGAGUAUAUUGACACUGUGAGCAAGAUGUUUUUCACAUAUUUCAAGGCCUACGCGGCUCGCCUCUUUAAGCUCUCGAUGAAAGACGUCGCCACCAAAGACGACACACUCGGCAAUAUUGAAUCGGCGAAGCCAGCUGGCCUUGGCUCGCUUUUCUCAUCUAAACAACAUGUUGUACGGAAUAAAGCCACUGUGUUCUCCAUCGGCCAACGUCACACGGUUCUGUCGGAUGAGUUCUUCGGAGCACUAAUUGUACCACACGCAGCUACACAGAAUCAUAUAUCGUAUCAAUUCGAAUCACUCUUCCGAUCUCUGCAGUUGGCAUUUGUCGAUCAUUACAGCCACGAAUUUCUGUUCAUUACGGAUUUUUUCCUUGUCAACAAUAAAGAAGCUGUUGAGCUUCAUAAUAAGGCUAUUGCUCGAGCAAUGUCAGUUGUGCUCAAAAGUUGUGAGGAGCAGAUUGCGUUGAGUUUUGAUGCUAUAAGUCUCCAUUUGUGCAUUUGUCUGUGCGACAAGUUUGUCAACGUGCUUGCUGAGCGAGAAGUCCCAGAAGCCACCGAAUACUGGAAUACCGUCGCUAGUUUCCUCUGGACUCGUCUCAACUUUGUCAUGGCCCAACACUACGACAGUGUCAAAGCGGUCGAUGUGAAGAAACUGAUGCAUAGUGGAUCUUUGGACACUAGACCUCACUAUAUUGUUCGACGAUAUGCCGAGUUGACUAGUGCCCAUCUCACAAUUGCACACACCAGUGGGAAGGAGAUUGGUGACAAGAUGGAAGCUGUUUUGGAGAGUAGCGAGGACUCGAUUGAGCAGCUUCUGACAAGAAUGUCGGCGAUGCAGCAGACUCAGAAGAAUAAGCAUGUGUUUUUGAUUAACAAUUUUGACUUGAUUCUGUCGACGAUUGAUGACGAGGAGAGCAAGAAUAGUAAGAUCUAUGCGAUUGUGCACGAGUUGGAACAGAAAAGUAUCGACGAUUUUGUGGAAGAAGUUUUGGAUCCUCAUGUUGGAUAUUUGAUCAAGUUUGUAAAUGAAUGUGAAUCUCUUCAAGCUCAAGGACACACUCAAUUGCUUGUUCGCUACAAUGACAAAAUCGGAACAGUGAUCGCCAAUUUUAACGCGAAAUGGAAGCCAGCAGUGGACAGUAUCAAUUCCGAAUGCAUUCAACUCUUCACAAACUUCAGUCUCGGUGCAAACAUUCUCCAGACAAUUUUCUCCAAACUGGUUCAAUACAUGAAUCGUCUCACUAAACUUCUUGCUCACGAUGUCUUUGCCAAGAAUCCAGUUUGCGCUCAGAUGGUCAAUGUGCACCAAGUGAUGCUUGAAAUCAAACGCUGCAAGCCGGCAUACUAA